AUGGAAGUGUCAACGUCUUACUGUACACCUGCCGUCAAUUUCAAGUACGGCAGCUUUCAAGAUUCAGAUGUCUCGAUGCGGGAAGAUGAAUUAUUUCGGAUGGGAAGUUACAAUUCUCAAGGGUACUACGUCGAAGGAACUCAUCUUGACGGUUCCAUCGGAGAAGAGGAUGAAACGUCUUCAGGAAGUAAUGAUCAAGACCAACAGAUGGAUUUCGAGGAAGACGAUUUCGACGCGGAAUCUUCGAUGACAGAAGAUUUGGUAGAUGAUGAGGAAGAAGACGAGGAGGAUAACGACGAAUGGACAAAUCAGAAGCGGCCUGAGAAUCAGAAUAGCGUCGCCUACUACGCAGCUAUGGAGAUGCUUCGUAUCCGCUUUCCAUUCCAAUCAAUAUCCAUUCGCAUCUCAGAUUUUUGUUGUCUUCAAGAGAAGGAUCUUCUCAACGACACAAUGAUUGACUUCUAUCUGAAUCACAUCGUUGAGCACGUUCUCCCGGAUAGCAGUGGAUCAAAAGUGACUGUUCUUCCAUCGCUCUUCUGGCACAACUUGUCACUGAGACAACACGCGUUCGAUUCAGAAGACGAGAAAAUGAUGAGUGACGAGCAGAAGAUGGAUCUCAAAUUUGGCGAUUUGCACGAUUUUGUUGCCGACUUCGAUCUCCAUGAUUUCGAUUAUAUUGUUGUACCGGUAAACGAGUGGGAGCACUGGUCGUUGGCUGUCAUCUGCCAUCCAUUCACCUCCAAAGCUCGUACAGUGAUAUUCGAUUCUCAAUUGACAGCUGAUUUGAAUAAUCUUCAAAAUAUGGCGACAUUGAUCGAAUCAUUCAUGAAAUAUUCAUAUGAGAAGCGUACCGGAAGUGUUAUGCCAUAUCCGUUGCAGUGCGUCUUGCCGCAAAGAAUGCCACAACAAACCAACAACUUUGAUUGUGGGGUUUUUAUUGCUGAAUUUGCCAGACGUUUCUUGUUGAGUCCACCAAAAGAUCUCGACAACUUCGAUUUCGCCAGAGAAUACCCUGAUUUCAACACCACCACAAAGAGAGCUGAAAUGCAACGUGUCGUUCUUUCACUCUCCACAAAUCGGGCUCGUUGGCGUCCACUUGUUGAGUUGCUCAAUGGCUACAACACUGCUGCACCACACCGUGCACUUUAA